AUGCAUAUUAAGCCCACACACUUUGAACAACACAACAUCCAGCUAAAAUUCCACGAACUAACAUGCUUACAUAACACCAACAACCAGAACAAUGAUACUUGUACAACAUAUAUUGAAUUGGUUACAUCAUAUAAAUACCUGGGAGUAUAUGUUGAUAAUCAUUUCAAAUGGAAUGUUCAUGUAGAAAACCUUCAGAAAAAGCUUCGAAAAUCAGCGUAUAUGAUGUACAAUUUAAGCAACUGUGCCACAUAUAGCGUACUAAGGCAGGCAUAUUUUUCAAUGGUAGAAUCAUAUAUAAGGCAUGGAAUUGCAGCAUGGGGAAGUGCAACACAUUGCAGACUGUUACAGAGUACCCAGGAUCGUAUUUUAAAAAUUCUUAAGAAUAAUCACCGGUUCUCUCAAAAAAAUCAAAACAACAUCAGCAAUAACAACAAUCACAACUCAAACAUCAACAACUUUAAUAGUAUCAACAACAACAUCAGCAACAAUAACAUAAACAACAUCAGCAACAACAGCCAUAAUAUUAAUAUCAACAACAACAUCGUCAACAGGAACAUAAACAACAACACCAGAAGCAACAACAACAUCAGUAACAAUAACAUCAGCAGCAAUAACAACAUCAACAACAUUAGCAACAACAACAUCAGCAACAGCAUACAUAACGCAAACAUCAACAACAACACCAGCAACAACAACAACAACGUCAACACGUUUAACACAAAUAAUAACAACAACAUCAUCGAUAAUGCCAAAAAAAACAUAUACCGCAUAACAUUAACAAUCGAAUUUUAUAACGACCCGAGGUUCCUUAAGCCAAUUGAUCGCCAAUACAAUACAAGACGUAGAGCAGAAGGACGUUUCAAGGUCGAACGUUUUUGCAACAACUAUGGAAAAAAUUGUCUUGAAGUAGCUUUGCCAAACAUUUUCAAUAAAUUGCCACUAAAUCUUUUAAAUAUACUAAAUGCCCACAAAAGGAAAAAACUUUUAAAAACAUUUUUUGUCAGUUCACAAUGA